AUGGUUCUUGUUCCCGUGUUUGAUGGAAAUAAUUAUGAGAAUUGGAGUCUCCAAAUGAAAACGCUUUUCAAAAUUUAUGAUCUAUGGGAUGUUGUGGAGACUGGUAUUCAACAAGAACCGUUGCAGGUACCUUCACCAUAUUCUUAUGUAUUCGAAGGAGUAAGUUAUGAUGCAUCAUCAUCCGCUGCGGCCGCUGAAAACUAUUCAAUCUUGUGGAAACAAUGGAUGGAAUGGAAAGAUGUGAACGCACUUUCCCUUAUCCAAAGUGGAUUAAGCAUUGAGGUUUUUUCAUGGAUAGCUUAUGCUACAUCAUCAAAAGAAGCAUGGGACCUUUUGAUGGUGAGAUCGGUAGGUGGUCCUAUAUUUCAAGCUAGAAAGCUAGUUGAUCUGAAGAAAGAGUACAACAACAUGACAAUGAGCGAUGCGGAAACGAUUCAUGAAUUUACUGAAAAACUAUUGGAGCUUGUGUUUCGUAUGAAGUCUUGCGGGUGGAAGGUCGAAGAUAAAGUAUUGGUGAAGAAGAUUCUUUCCUCUUUGCCUCCAAGAUUCGAUAAAGUCUUAGUGGAGGUUGCAGAAAAACUUUCUAUUAGUGUCCUUAUCGAUUGCUUGCUUGUCCAUGAAUACAAUAUGAGGCCUGAUCAAGAGUCUUUUGAAGAAUCGGUCAUUGAGAGUGUUAAUGUGGAAGAAAGUUUUCAAGGAGAAGCUGAAAUAUUAUACUCUUUGAAUGAGAUUACUCAAAUCCAAGUGGCAAUGAUGGAGAGACAAAGUGAAGUGUUGUCGUUGGUGCAACAGAAUCAAAAGAUGGUAAUGCAGAUGCAGAAACAAAUGAUGAUGUUAAUGCAGCAGCAAGAUCAGAUGUCAGUACACUCCGAAUCUUAUGAGAAUCAGGAGGAGGAGAUGACAAAAGUGAUCGAAUCUAUGAAGAAACAUAACUUGAGAAAAUGACUUGUUUUUGUUUGGUUUUGGUUUUGGUUCUGGUUUUGGUUUCUCGUGCUUUGUUUGGUUUUCUUGAAAGUGAUUAAUUAUUGAUCAUGAAUUCAUCUAUAAAAUUCUUCUUUGCAUAAAUUGUGGACUUCAAU